GAAAACAAUCACAAGCUGCUCGUCGCGUUUCUUUUUUUUUCUGCACAUUUUGGGCAUAUUUCUGCUGUAUCGCAGUGUUUUGACAAAAAGGACACCAUGCCGGUUAUCUGCGCGGCCAUAGGGUGCAACAAUAAGUUUGUGAAGGGAUCGGAAAUCAGAUUUUACAGGUUCCCGCUCAGCAAACCUCAACUUUCCAGCAAAUGGGUGCACAGUCUGGGGAUGAAAAGCUUCAUCCCGACCGCCAACACCUGCCUCUGCUCGGAGCAUUUCAGGACCGACUGCUUCAGGGAUUACAACGGCAAACAGUUUCUGAGGGAGGACGCCGUGCCCACCAUAUUCAGCCACGGGCAGGACUCCUCAAAGAUUGAACUUCGUAAAAGAGGGGUGGUGUCAAAGGAGACAAACGCCGCAAAUCAGAUGGGAUCACAGGCGGACAGAGACAGAGCGAGAGAGGCCAUCAGUCUACGCAGAGAGAAGAGAGGAGGAAUGAGGGGUGGACGAGGAGGCCGUGGAGGAAAACAGCUGGCUGACAGGCAGAGCAUCGGAGCCAAGAGCCGAGUGUACGACAACAAAGGCCGACUGCUCUCCAACAGCAAGGACAUGUGCGACUGUCUGGAUGUGGACUGUAUGGGCUGCUUCUACCCGUGCCCCGACUGCGGCUCACGCAAGUGCGGGGUCGAGUGCCGCUGCGACAGGAAGUGGCUUUACGAGCAGGUGGAGGUGGAGGGCGGAGAGAUCAUCCGGAACAAGUACGCCGUCUAAAAAGCAGCGACUCUUUUGGGGGGCAUCCCUGAUUUCAGCUGCAAGUCACGCUGAUUUAAGACUGUAACACUGUUUUGUUUUUUUUUAAGGAAUCUUCCAGUUUUUACUGAUAUUUAUCAGGUUUUGCGAAGCCUCUGCCCGUGGUGGAAAACGCUGCAGAACAUUGUAAGUAUUCUGCUGAGUGUAAAAUGUGCUUUUUGUUGCUCUUAAAAAUGUAUUUCUGUUUCAUUUGAAGUUUUUUUUGAUUUUGCAGUAAAACGUUUGUGCCAUUCUGUGUUAAUAAAGUAUUUUUGUUUAUGUUUA